GCUCGCUUCCCCAGGUGUGUCCAAAGCGUUUCGCCAUGGCGAUCUUCCCCUGGCUGCUGGUGCUGUCAGCACUGACGCUACGCGCAGAUCAUGUAUCGCAGCUGGUGAGAGAUGAUGAAUGUGCGUCCUCCACUGACUGUGCGCUGGCAGCGGUACAGCUGCACGCAGUAAAGGGGCAAGAGGAGCGCAGCAAUAUUUCCAGCAACAGCAGCGGGCUGCAACACGCGGCUUUGGAGGAGCAUACAGAUGUUUCUCUGCCAAUGAUUAGCCAGGGACCGGAAGCAAGGUACUCCAAGGAGCAGUUGGUUAAGCUCUUGGAACUUCAUCAGCAGCGAAUGAACAGCUCAGAGAGGUGGGGAGGCACUUCAUCUUCUUCCCAUAUGGCUCAGCCCUUCAACCUGGCGUCUAGCUGUUACAGUUUUACAGGUGGCACCUGCGCUUUUGCCAGCUGUUCCAGCUUCCGGAUGGCCCAAUGCCAAGCCGGAAAAUGUAUGUGCCCUGGCGGAUGUGCUGGUGCUGAUGGCAGGUGCUACAAUUCGCCCAACCUCCUCGUUGCCAGCUCGUUUGUCCUCACCAACGUGCAAUAUCCCAGCUAUCGAAUGUACUUCAAACGCAUCACAACGUGGGGGCAGAUGGGUACCUCCUCAAUGCCUUCUUUCAGCUUCAUGGGCUCCGAUUUGUUUGAUCUCUAUCGGGUUCCAGGCCUCUUCAAUGGAAAGGCCCUCUUCAUCAUCGCUUCCCACAAGUGGCCCAGCUAUGUCUUGGCCAUCCGCGCGACCACGGGCACGGCGUUCUCCCCCUUCGGCACCUACUCGGUUGAGCUCAAAGACACCUCGGCGCCGUGGAAACCAGAAGACAUCAUGCUGCGCGUUUGCAGCAUGGGUAGCUAUGGGAAGCACAGUGCCAUCAUGAUCGGCAGUGCUGGGGCUGUCAAGACCAUCUGGGCUUAUGUUCACAUGGGAUCUUGGUCAGUUUAUGGCUCCAUCAGCAACCCAGGUGAAGGUGGCGAGUGGUCACCCAAUCCCCCCAUGCCAUAUGGUGCCCUUCCGCCCUGUUGAGCACGGCAUGCAAUAUUAGUACGUAGAAAUUUGAUCGUCAAAAACGCAAUUAUCCCAAUAUAUAAAA